UCCCGCCAAGCCUCUGCUGAAAGUUGCAGAAGUUAUUGACGGAGGGAGUGGUCACGCAGAGUGCACAUCAAUGGCGUCUCUGAAACCGAUCCUUUCCUUCAUUGUAGCUCUCUCCAUCCUCUCUGCCGUCGCCCAGCCGCCGGUGUGGCCGCCUCAGUCCAUCCUCAACGCCGCGGAGACUCUCGCCAGCUCAGGAUACACCGCGAUGUCACUCACUCUCCAGGUAAUCGCCCCCACCCUCCCUCUCCCUUCCUCCACCCACACCGCCCUCACCAUAUUCUCUCCGCCGGACAAAUCCUUCGCCGUCUCCGGUCAGCCUUCGCUCGCGCUCCUCCUGCUCCAUUUCUCUCCUCUCUCCUUGCCUCCUUCGUCUCUCCUCUCGCUCCCGUUCUCGUCCACUAUACCGUCGCUGUCGCCUUCCAAGCGCCUCUAUAUAACCUCCGAAGAUGCUCAGAAAAUAUCGAUAAACAAGGUCGGAAUCUCCAAUUCUCCUAUUUACGACGACGGAUUGGUCAUUGUCUACGCAAUUGACGACUUUUUCGACUUGAAUUUCACGCUGAGCAGUUCCUUCGAUCCGAGCAGAACAAGACCUAAAUCCCAAUCUGGUUUACAAUGCCUGAAAUUGGAACCAGUCUCUCGGUUUGACGAGGCAUCCAGCGUUCUGAAGUCGAGAGGCUACUCAAUCAUCGCCUCAUUCAUGGAUUUGCAGAUUUUCGGAUUCUUCUGUCCUGAAGUGUUCUCAGAGGAUGUCAAAAUCAAAUGGACAGUAUUCGCGCCAGCAGAUGAAGAAAUGGUGCAGUAUUCUGGAGAUUUCAACGGAUACUCUUCAUUGUUCAUGAGACAUUUGGUGCCGUGCAGAGUUGGGUGGGCCGAUCUAGUAGACAUGGCGAAUGGGACUGUGGUUUCAAACAAUGUGAAGGGGUUUAGUAUGGAGGUCACAAAAGAUGAAAAUGGUGAAUCACUGAAGGUGAAUGGUGUUGAAAUUGUGUUCCCAGAAAUAUUUGACAACGAGUGGUUAGUGGUUCAUGGGAUACAAGGAGUAAUUGCUUUACCCGAUAGCACCGAGGGCGAGGAGGAAAUCGAACCUGAGAAGUUCCGAGAGAAGAAAGCAGAGGCUACCCCUGAUCCUGAUAUUCAUGGGGAAUUUUGAUUUGCUUGAACGAUCAUCUUGCUGGGUGUUGGCCACUUUUCUUGAAUGGUGAUUCUUGGAAAAUAUGGGGAUUGUCACUGUUCUUGGGGAUGGCAUUGCGGAGAUUUUGUGAGGUAAGUUUGUAAUUACAUUCUGGCAUGAAAUAGCUUGUUUAUUUUUAUUUUCUUUGAAAGAUGAUUGUUGCUGGUCUGCAUAUUCAUCAAAUUGAUCUAUGAUAUUAGAAUUGGGGAUUUCUAAUAAACAAAAUUCAUGCUCCUAUGAACUGCAUUUUGAUAGAAUAAUAGCUCUAAGGAAUUAGGCUUAUGAGAUCUUUGAAGGGCACUACUCUUUGCGACUGAAAUAGUUUUGAUUUUAAGUUUCUCUUGUAAUGAGACAUGCUGAUGCUUGUUUUUAUCAAGAUAAUUGUAAAUUGGAUUGUGCUGAUUCAAUAAUAUUUGAUUUGGGUUCUCU